UUGAGACAUAGGACAAAGACAGUACAUCCCUUCUUCCUGGGCUUGUGACAGCCAUAGACAGGGAACAAAAACUUUAGAUCCUAGGGCUGCAUAACAGAACUUCUGCAAUCAAAAUAGAGAGGAGGAGAGAGAAUCCAAAUGUCAGAGCCCACUGUUACAGUUGCUGUUAGGCGCAUUCACUCAUUACUUAAUCAGGAAUCAGAGACCUUGGAACCUGUUAAGGAUAUGUUUGAAGAGUUGCUGUCAAUAAUCGAGAAUCUUAGAAGAUACCUUGAUCAUCCAGAUGAAAACAGACUGCUCACAGCAACAUUUAACAAUUAUGAGAACAACAUUGAAAACGUCAUCUACAAAGUGACAUCUGAAAGCAGAGGAAGUUGUAGCAAUCUCAGAAGGUAUGUCAGUUCUGGGAAAACCACCCUAGCUGCAAAACUCAGCAAUCAUCCAGAUAUCAAAGAGCACUUCAAAUCUGUGGUGUGGGCAUCAGUAUCAGAAAAAAAGGAUGCUAAAAAUAUCUUUCUAGAAAUCUUGAGAAAAAUUCAAGGGAAAGAUGAAGCUGUAAACAGCAGCAUGCUCACAGACAUGUUGGCGAAUAAGAUAUGGAGUAUCCUAGAAGAGAGGCCAUAUCUGAUCAUUCUAGAUGAUGUGGAGGAUCCAGAUAAUCUCGCCUACCAUUUGUUUCCCAUGAUCCAGCACUUGAGUUACAAAAGCAAAUUAGUAAUUACAACUCAAGCCACCCCCAGUAAUCCCUACAAGCACUUGGAGUAUACUAUCAGCUCAUCUGAGAAUGCAGAUUCUCUGGCAGAAAGGUUAGCUACGAAAAAGACCCAUGAAUCAGGUAUCUUUUACAUGCGUGCAAAUCCAGCCACUGUCUUUCUCCUUGAGAGUCUUUAUAAUGAUUCAAGAGUGAAAGAACACUUUGAUAUUAGGGAAUGGGUAACAAUAGAGGACGACAGGGAUAUCAGACACAUUCUGCCUGACAUCUUACGAAAAGUAACGACGAAUUCCAGGGAUAGGAGUGAGAGUCCAGACAAUGUAUCAGUUAAAAAGCUUAAGGAGUCCCCUGAGAAAAAGAUUAGCCUGAUUGUUCUUCACCAAAAUGAAGAGCUCAUAACUGAAGAUGACCUCCUGGAUGCUGAUUAUCUAUUUAGAAAAUUAACAGGGGGAGAAGAACAAGCAGGAUUGUUUUCCAUCAGAGUUUUGGAUGGUUCUGGUGGCAACAAAGACCUAGCUAGAGAAUUGUAUGAUCAUUCCAUUGUCAAACAACAUUUUGAGGACAGGUUUUGGAUUACUAUACCCAAGGGGAAGAAUGCUAAAGCUGCAUUGCGUCAGAUCAUUGAUAGAACCAUGGGGAACAAUGCUAACAUAAAAGAAUCUAGCACAAAGAAACUGGCAGGUGUACUGAUUAGUGCUCUAGAGGAAAAAAGGUACCUGCUUGUUCUAAAUGACAUGGGUGACGCAGAAGACUUGAUAUGUGAAUUGGUUGCAGCUCAAAGUCGUACCAAAAUUCACAGAAGCUUCCUCCAAAGUAAGAUAAUAAUCACCGUUGGUAAUCCUCGAAUCUUUCAGCACUCCAAUUUCAAAUACUUCUUGUAUGAGAUGCAACCUCUGCCUGAAAAAGAAAGUUGGGACUUACUUUGCAGCAUAGCUAUCAAUCACGCAAAAAGUAGACAAAGGAUAGAGCAGGUAAUUGAUCAAUUCAAUAAAAUAUCAAAUGGAGAUAUGAUCAAUAUAGGUAAAAUGCUAGAACAUUGUAAUGGCAUACCUUUGGCUGUAGUUGCAUUGGGAGGGCUUUUAAGCACCAAAGAAACUGUUGAAGAACGGAAAACUGUGAAUACUUCCUUAGGAUCAAAGACACAGUCAAAUCAGGCGCUAGAGAACAUAUUAUUGUUAAGUUAUCAUGAUAUUCCUAGUGACAUAAAGCCAUGCUUCCUUUACUUCGGCCUCUUUCCACAACAUUCUGAGAUUUCGACUGGAAUAUUGAUUAGGAUGUGGCUAUCUGAAGAUCUGAUAACGUUAGAUUCUCCACCUGGUACAGAACAGACUUUAGAAAAUGUUGCAGCACAGUACCUGGAGGAAUUAGCUUGCAGGUGCCUCAUUCAAGUCAUGAGGAGAAAUCAUGUUGGAGAAAUGAAGACUGUCCUUCUGCACAACAAGAUUCAUCAAGUUUCCAUCACAAAAUCAACAGAGUUAGGAUUUCUUGAAAAUUAUCCCCACGCACAACACAAGCCUCUGCUUCAGGCUGCCACCCAUUCCAGGGGUGACGUUCCUGAAAUCAGAGAAAUGCUGCUACGAAGGGUCGCAAUACAUCCUGGGUAUGAGUUGCUUCUUUUAGUAGAAUCUAGUCCUCAAAGGGACUCUCACUAUUACUUGAAAUUCAAUGAAUUUCCAACACAGAGUUCGAAACUUCGAACUUUAGUUCAAUUCGGCAAACAUGGAUUAUCAGCCAAGGAUUAUUAUUUUCAGCAUGAUGCUCUGUUUACUAACUUGGAGCCAAUACACAAGCAGUUCAAGCUACUAAGAGUGCUGAUUCUUUGUGGGAGCAGAAUCAGAGCUCUUCCAGAACAUGUUGGGGAACUGGUAUUCUUGACCUACCUAGGAUUAAGGGCCACUGGGGUAUUAGAGCUUCCAGAAACCAUUGGGAAUUUACAACAAUUGAUAACCCUAGAUUACGUCGGUACUUUAAAGCCUAGUGUUUGUAAACAACUGCCCAAUGUUCUGGGGAAUAUGACAAAACUUCGACACGUAUAUCUACCACAGUAUGCACUUUCAUCUAUGAAGAAAUUAAAUCUCAGCACUUUACAGAACUUGCAGAUUUUAUGGGGUGUCAGCGGAGGUGAUUGGCUAGUAGCUGACUUAGGUAAACUAAGUGCGUGUCUAGUAAAGCUGGGGAUAGUAAAUAUUUCAUGCACUGAAGAAUUAGAGGCAGUGGUAAAUUGGCUAAACCUAGAGCACAAAGGCCCCAAAAAGCUUCAGGUACUGAAAUUGGAUUGGCAUAAGGCAAGACAAGAUAAGCUGCUUUUUCCUGAUAACCUUGACAGCUUUCAACACCUACACAAGCUUGCAUUCAUUGGAAGACUGAAAGAGGAAUAUAACUUCACACUCUUACCAUCACUAGUCAAGUUGGAACUGUAUUUCUCCCAUCUAGAAAAGUACGAUCCAACAGAAAAGCUGGGGCACCUUCCUCUCUUAAAAAUUCUUCAUCUAUGGAAUUCCUACAAGGGGACUCGAUGGAAUUGCAGUUCAAAUAUGUUCCUGAAACUCGAGGAGCUUCAAAUCUCACACCUGCCAAACUUGGUGGAAUGGAGAAUCGAAGCCGGUGCAAUGCCACAUUUGAAGAGACUGUCAAUAUUUAGUUGUCGGAAGUUGUCAGAGCUUCCAAAAGGGCUAAGGUACAUCAACCUGCAAGAACUGGAGGUUUUGGAUAUGCCAGAGUCAUUUAGCAGCAAGCAACAUGAAAUUACAGCAGAAGAAAAGGACAUCAACAUCAUAUAG